AUGCCACCGGAGCCCGUCGUCCAACACCUUGUCGAUGCCUACUUCGUCCACUCGCACAACCAACCCUACUCAUAUUUUCAAGAGGAGCGAUUCCAACAGCUACGCAGUUUCGGCCUUCUCCCAAAGUGCCUCGUGUUGGCCGUGCUGGCGUCUUCAGUGAGGUUUUCCAAUCACGAAUAUUUCCAAGGGCGCACACAUGAAGCAAUGGAAGCGUACGCAAGAGAAGCCUGGCUCGCGGUCCUGAACGACCAUUUGACGGUCGAAAAUUGCCCCAAUCUCUACGUCGCGCAGACAACCAACAUUUUAGCAAUCGUUGACUUUACAGCUGGUCGGACGAGUUCUGGAUGGCUCAAGAUCGGCCUCGCAGUGAGAAUUGCACAAGACCUGCAGCUGAUGAAGGAGCCUAGCCCUUUGCUCCCCAUCGUCGAACAAGAAGAGAGAAGAAGAGUAUUUUGGUCCGUCUAUCUUCUCGACAAGCUCGUCUCCUGCGGCAAAGCCCGCCCCCCAGCGAUUGCCGAUGAAGACUGCCACGUCCAGCUCCCCUGCGAAGAAGACGUCUUCCGGACUGGCACCUGGAAACAAACAGCCACGCUACACCAGCUUUUGAACUGGAACGCAGAUCUAGGGGAAAUCCGGGGACACUUUACUCUAGCUAUUCUUGUUGCCUCGGCGUUGGGUCGCUGUGCCCGCUAUGUCCUCCACGAGCGCGAGACAGAUUACGUCCGACCCUGGGAUUCUCGAUCCGAGUUUGCAGCCAUCACCUCGUUCCUGCUCCUAAUCGAGCAGCAUUUACAAGUCGACGAUCUUUCAGUUGCCGACAUAAUCGCCAACAGCAGACUACCCGAUGGAUCACUGGACCACCAAACCAUAGGACAUGCCAUCUUCGCCCGCGUGGUUUUCCAUCUUUGCCACUGUCUGUUGAACCACCCCUUCCUGUUGACCUUGCGGCUUCAGAAGCUCAAAGCCAAAGCCCCUCCGAGCUUCCUUACACGAACAUUUGAGACGUGCUGCGAACAUGCUCGAAAAGUGCCGUCGUGGCUGGACCAGGCGCAAGCAGCGGGUUGCCACGUCGAGGCGUCGUUCUACGCCUAUUCCACGUGUCUAGCUGGCAGCCUGCUUUCACUCUUCAUUCACGCCCAACAAGAAAGAGGAAAUUCUCCAGAGCCAGAACUCGUUGAAGCUGGCCAGCAAGCUCUGCGGAUACUCAAAAGCAUGGGUAAAUUUUGGAGCCAUGCGUCAAAGAUGCACACGCAACUCCUUUCUUUCGAAUCGCACGCUCAGGCUUUUAAUAAUAUGCUUGAUCCGCAGACGUCAUUCGAGAUAGACGCCGAGCUGGAGGCAGCCCUUUGGACAAUGGUCGACUACGGCGCCAUGUGUUGUAGUUCGGGGGCAGCGGAACCAGGCGACACAUCCAUUUCUGUAAAUAUAUCCCCACCAUCUUUCCUCGACUUUGACAUGGAUCUGGCUCCUGGGAAUGCGUUUGAUCUGCCUGCUUCUAGUGGCCUGUCGGGGACCCGUUCCGGCAUGAGCUCGUACGGCAUAAAUUGUUCGUAG